AUGGCGGGGCUCGCUAGGCGGCUUCUCCUGGUGGCCCUGGCGGCGGCGGCGGCGGCGGCGCUGUGCCGCGCCAUGGAGUUCGACGAGAAGGACCUGGCGACCGACGAGGCGCUGUGGAACCUGUACGAGCGGUGGCAGGUGCACCACCGCGUGCACCGGCACCACGGCGAGAAGGGCCGCCGCUUCGGCACCUUCAAGGAGAACGUGCACUUCAUCCACGCGCACAACAAGCGCGGCGACCGCCCCUACCGCCUCCGCCUGAACCACUUCGGCGACAUGGGGCGCGAGGAGUUCCGCUCCACGUUCGCCGACUCGCGCAUCAACGACCUCCGCCGGGCGCGGCGCGGCGCGCCGGCCGUGCCGGGGUUCAUGUACGAGGACGUGGACAACCUGCCGCAGUCCGUGGACUGGCGCCAGGCGGGCGCGGUCACCGGCGUGAAGAACCAGGGCAAGUGCGGCAGCUGCUGGGCCUUCUCGACGGUGGUGGCCGUGGAGGGGAUCAACGCGAUCCGGACGGGGAGGCUGGUCUCCCUGUCGGAGCAGGAGCUGGUGGACUGCGACACGGCGGAGAACGGGUGCCAGGGCGGGCUGAUGGAGAACGCCUUCGAGUUCAUCAAGGCCCACGGCGGCAUCACCACGGAGGCCACCUACCCGUACCGCGCGCGCAAUGGCACCUGCGACAGCUACCGGUCGCGGCACGGGCAAGUGGUGGUGAUCGACGGGCACCAGAUGGUCCCCGCGGGGAGCGAGGAGGCGCUGGCCAAGGCGGUGGCGCACCAGCCGGUGUCCGUGGCCAUCGACGCGGGGGGGCAGGCGUUCCAGUUCUACUCGGAGGGCGUGUUCACGGGCGAGUGCGGCACGGACCUGGACCACGGCGUGGCGGCGGUCGGGUACGGCGUGGACGACGACGGCACGCCCUACUGGGUGGUGAAGAACUCGUGGGGCCCCGGGUGGGGCGAGGGCGGGUACAUCCGGAUGGAGCGCGGCGCCGGCGACGGCGGCCUCUGCGGCAUCGCCAUGGAGGCCUCCUUCCCCAUCAAGACCUCCCCCAACCCGUCGCGCAAGCCCCGGCGCGCGCUCCUCUCCAGGGACGCCUCCUCCUCCCAGUGA